AUGAAGAGGGUCAAAAAUGUUCAAAGAAGUUUGAAGUGGGGCGAAGAAGAACAAAGAGAGGAAAAGAAGGUUAAAGAGGUGCGAAGAGGACCGAAGAGGGUGGAAGAUGGGCAAGGAGGGUCAAAGACGGACAAAGAAAGAGGGACAAAGAGGGACAAAGAAAGAGGGACAAACAGGGCUAAAGAUGGCCAAAGAGGGCCAAAGAGGGUCAAAGAGGGUCAAAGAGGGCCAAAGAGGGCCAAAGAGGCACAAAGAAGCACAAAAAUGGACGAAAAAGGGGUGAAGAGGGCCAAAGAGGCACAAAGAGAAACUAAGAAGGGCGAAGAGGGACAAAGAGGGACAAAGGGGUACAAAGACGGACAAAGAGGGACAAAGAGGGACAAAGGAGGACAAAGGAGGACAAACCAGGAUAAACGAGGACAAAGAAGGAGAAAGGAGGACAAAGGAGGACAAAAAAGAACAAUGGAGGACAAACGAGGACAAACGAGGACAAAGAAGGACAAAGGAGGACAAAAGAGAACAAGGGAGGACAAAGGAGGACAAAGAGAAUGGCGGAACUUGAAGCGAAGAAUGGCAAAAACGGUCAAAGAUGGUCUAAGAUGGACAAAGGUGGUCGAAGACGGACAGAGAGGGGCAAAGAGGGACAGAGAGGGGCAAAGAGGGACAGAGGGGGACAUGGGCAAAGAGGGGCAAAGAGGGGCAAAGAGGGAUAUAGAGGGACAAAGGGCAACAAAGGGGGACAAAGGGGGACAAAGGGGGGCAAAGAGGGACAAAGAAAGUGGGACAAGGAAAGAGGGACAAAGAGGGACAAAGAGGGACAAAGAGGGACAAAGAGGGACAAAGAGGGACAAAGAGGGACAAAGAGGGACAAAGAGGGACAAAGAGGGACAAAGAGGGACAAAGAGGGACAAAGAGGGACAAAGAGGGACAAAGAGGGACAAAGAGGGACAAAGAAGGACAAAGGAGGACAAAAAAGGACAAAGAAGGACAAAGACGAUGGAGGAACUUGAACAGGAGCGAAGAAGGGCAAAAAAGGUCAACGAUGGUCAAAUAGGGACAAAGAAUGUCAAAGAGGG